AUGAUAUGGCUGCCCAGCUCCGACCCGCUCUGGAAGAGCCUGCGCGGCAUCGUGGCCACCAACGUCUUCUCCCCGCGCAGCCUCGCCGUGGCGCUCGACGUCCGCCAGCGUAAGGUGCGGGACAUGGUGAGUUACUUCCGCGACUGCGCCGGCACAGAGUUGGACGUCGGCCAGGCACUGUACGGCGGCGUGCUAAACCUCGUGUCGAGCUCGUUCUGCUCCGUCGACGUGGUCGACAUGGGCGGCCAGUCGGCCCAGGGGGUGCGGAAGCUCGUUGAGGACCUCAUCGAGGUGAUCGCGAAGCCGAAUGUCUCCGAUCUUUUCCCUUUCCUUGGACCCCUCGACUUGCAAGGAUGGCGUCGCUGGACGGAGAUACGCUUCGAGAAAAUCUUCCUCAUAUUGGAUGGCAUAAUUGACCGUCGCAUGGCAGCUGCCAACGCCUCCACGGAGAAGCAAGGUGACUUCCUGGACUCGCUCCUCGAGCUCUUGUCCACAGGCAAGAUGGCUCGCGACAGCCUGACAACCAUAGUGUUCGAGGUCAUUGCGGCCGGGAGCGACGCCAUGUCCAUCACCCUAGAGUGGGCAAUGGCGGAGCUGCUUCGGAACCCAAGCGUCAUGGCAAAGGUCCGCGCGGAGAUAGACGAUGCUCUUGGCGGCAAGGAGACCAUCGGCGAGACCGACGCGGCGAGCCUGCCGUACCUGCAAGCCGUGGUAAAGGAGGCUAUGCGGCUGCACCCGGUGGCGGCGAUACUGCUGCCACACCGGGCCGUGGAGGAAGGCGUGGAGAUCGGCGGCUACGCCGUGCCGAACGGCUCAACGGUCAUUUUCAACGCGUGGGCGAUAAUGCGGGACCCGGCGGCGUGGGAGAGACCCCACGAGUUCGUCCCGGAGAGGUUCCUGGGCAAGGCAGACCAGGUGGUGGACUUCCGGGGCAAGGCCUUCGAGUUCAUCCCGUUUGGGUCCGGCCGGCGGCUGUGCCCCGGCGUGCCGAUGGCGGAGCGCGUGGUGCCGUUCAUCCUGGCCUCGCUGCUGCACGCAUUCGAGUGGCGGCUACCGGAUGGCGUUUCCCCCACGGAGUUGGACGUGAGCGAGAGAUUUACCACUGCAAAUGUGAUGGCUGUCCCACUCAAGGCCGUGCCCGUCGUGAUCACUUAA